AUUAGCAGACGUAAACACCCUGUCACAGUGACAUACAACUCCAGCACUUCGCGCCGAAGAGUCCUUCAGAAAUGUUACUUCAGUCAGUACUCACUCUUUCCGUGCUGGUGCAACUAUCAAGUUUGGGAUCAGUUCUUGAAAGUGGCUGCAGGGGCCCCGGCGUGUUUCCGCAUCCGGAAGACUGCACGCAGUUCCUAAUCUGCGCAGAGAGUCAUGGGGACGUUUUUGUAGCAGAAACAGUUCCUUGCCCAACACACUACGGCUUCUCGGCGUCUGAGGGAACAUGCGUCCCCAGCAAACAGUGCAGGACAUCACGCCCGGCAGCCGGGAGCAGGGAGAUCCGCGCCGCUGGACAGGGCGCCUGCACAAAGUCGGGCCCAUACUGUGACGGCUGCGACCGGCUGGUAGUAUGCGCCAACUUGGGGGAACGUGGUCUGACGACCCUCACCAACAUCAGCUGCUCGGACAUAGACCCCGACAUGAGCUGCAGCAAAGCCUCCUGCACCACGCAGCCAACGACGGACCAGCCCUGCGCAGGCGCAGACAAGGCAGGCGCGUUCCACUGCCUACAGCCCGGGUACUUCCCAGAUCCUACGGACUGCAAGCAGUUCCACAUUUGCAACAGUGACCUCAGUCACUACAAGGGGGACUGUGAUGAAAAAUUCGACGCCACUCUAGGAACAUGCACGACCUUCGAUCCAGACGACAAAACCGCCCAGACGGUCACCAAUACAGCUUCAGGAAGUGAGACUGCACCCAACACACCCUCCACGCAAUCCUGCGAGACCCUCAAAAACCCAUGCACGGGAACGAAUACGAUGCCUGUGAAAUUACCGAGCAACCCUUCAUAUUACGUGAUCUGCAUCCCAGUGGCCACAAAGAACCGGAAGGAACCCUACAUCUACCAGAUAUCUGUCGCAAAGUGCCCAGAAGGCCUAGUUUUUAACGACGAGACGGUUUCUUGCGAACUGUCGUGUUCCAGAAAGCGCGGCAGAUUCCAGGACCCCGAUAAUUGCCACUCCUACAUCGAGUGUUCAGCCAGUGGUGCAAAAAAGACGUCCUGCUUGGAUAAUUUGGCGUUCGACCCGAUCAGGAAGUCCUGUGUACCAGAGUCGUUGGUGCCGGGAUGCCAGAGGACAAGGGCCAUAGAGGAAAGUACCACGACACUCCAGGCUACCACGACACCCCAAGCCACCUUAACGUCUACAUCCACCACUGCGAAGCCCAUUCCAAGCGAGGAAUUCCGGUGCCAAGCCACUGGCGCCUUUCCUGAUGAAUCAGACUGCAGGAGGUUCAUCACCUGUUCGCUUGUAUCUCGCAGCGACGGAGUUUAUUUCCGCAUGCGCAGAAAGCAAUGUCCCUUCUUCACUUACUUCAAUCCGAGAGGGUUCUGUCAGUUAGGGUUCUGCUGGAACUAGCCGCAACAGGUAAAAAGCAGGCUCCAGACAAAAUUUAACUACAGAGAACUGCCAAGACUAACUGUGGAACGCACACAAUUCUGUGGCGAACUUAGAUUUACCUUAUUUUAAUUUCACCUAAACUCCUAGUUUUACAUUUAUUUUAUAUAUGUAAUAUAUAAGAAAAAAUAAAGAUUAAAACAUGUAAAACUA